AGUGUAUCACAAACUCAAGCAUUAGCACCAACAAGCUCUGAGCAUCAUCAGUCUCUGGAAAGCCUUCUGAAUUAGACAAGGGCUGCCUCUCAGCACAGCUACAAAACACUUUAAACCUGACCAGCUAAAUGGAUAAACCUAGCCUGCAUAGCUUUUAAACUGGGGUCUCAUACAGCACAGGAGGCCUACUUGCUUCAAGAACUGAAAAUCCAGAGGAUGAAUUGCUUUAUCUGGGAAUGGCAAAAGCCAGCACAAUAAGGAAUGCCAGUUUGUAUGGGGCUACUAGCUCACAUGCGGGAUCAGAAUGGUGUGAAUGACAGCCGCACUGUGUCAUGAAGGUGGUGGUGGUUUCCGCACAAGAGACCAAAUAAGAAGAAAGCUGAGAGAGGGGGGAAACGUUUUUGGAUGACAAAGGAUGGGUUUCCAUUUAAUUACGCAGCUGAAAGGCAUGAGUGUGGUGCUGGUGCUACUUCCUACACUGCUGCUUGUUAUGCUCACGGGGGCUCAGAGAGCUUGCCCAAAGAACUGCAGAUGUGAUGGCAAAAUUGUGUACUGUGAGUCUCAUGCUUUCGCAGAUAUCCCUGAGAACAUUUCUGGAGGGUCACAAGGCUUAUCAUUAAGGUUCAACAGCAUUCAGAAGCUCAAAUCCAAUCAGUUUGCCGGCCUUAACCAGCUUAUAUGGCUUUAUCUUGACCAUAAUUACAUUAGCUCAGUGGAUGAAGAUGCAUUUCAAGGGAUCCGUAGACUGAAAGAAUUAAUUCUAAGCUCCAACAAAAUUACUUAUCUGCACAAUAAAACAUUUCACCCAGUUCCCAAUCUCCGCAAUCUGGACCUCUCCUACAAUAAGCUUCAGACAUUGCAAUCUGAACAAUUUAAAGGCCUUCGGAAACUCAUCAUUUUGCACUUGAGAUCUAACUCACUAAAGACUGUACCCAUAAGAGUUUUUCAAGACUGUCGGAAUCUUGAUUUUUUGGAUUUGGGUUACAAUCGUCUUCGCAGCUUGUCCCGAAAUGCAUUUGCUGGCCUCUUGAAGUUAAAGGAGCUCCACUUGGAGCACAACCAGUUUUCCAAGAUCAACUUUGCUCAUUUUCCACGUCUCUUCAACCUCCGCUCAAUUUACUUACAAUGGAACAGGAUUCGCUCCAUUAGCCAAGGUUUGACAUGGACUUGGAGUUCCUUACACAACUUGGAUUUAUCAGGGAAUGACAUCCAAGGAAUUGAGCCGGGCACAUUUAAAUGCCUCCCCAAUUUACAAAAAUUGAAUUUGGAUUCCAACAAGCUCACCAACAUCUCACAGGAAACUGUCAAUGCGUGGAUAUCAUUAAUAUCCAUCACCUUGUCUGGAAAUAUGUGGGAAUGCAGUCGGAGCAUUUGUCCUUUAUUUUAUUGGCUUAAGAAUUUCAAAGGAAAUAAGGAAAGCACCAUGAUAUGUGCAGGACCUAAGCACAUCCAGGGUGAAAAGGUUAGUGAUGCAGUGGAAACAUAUAAUAUCUGUUCUGAAGUCCAGGUGGUCCACACAGAAAGGUCACACCUGGUGCCCCAAACUCCCCAGAAACCUCUGAUUAUCCCUAAACCUACCAUCUUCAAACCUGACGUCACCCAACCCACCUUUGAAACACCAAGCCCUUCCCCAGGGUUUCAGAUUCCUGGCGCAGAGCAAGAGUAUGAGCAUGUUUCAUUUCACAAAAUUAUUGCAGGGAGUGUGGCUCUCUUUCUGUCAGUGGCCAUGAUCCUCUUGGUGAUCUAUGUGUCUUGGAAACGCUACCCAGCCAGCAUGAAACAACUCCAGCAACACUCUCUUAUGAAGAGGCGGCGGAAAAAGGCCAGAGAGUCUGAAAGACAAAUGAAUUCCCCUUUACAGGAGUAUUAUGUGGACUACAAGCCUACAAACUCUGAGACCAUGGAUAUAUCGGUUAAUGGAUCUGGGCCCUGCACAUAUACCAUCUCUGGCUCCAGGGAAUGUGAGAUACCACAUCACGUGAAGCCCUUGCCAUAUUACAGCUAUGACCAACCUGUGAUGGGGUACUGCCAGGCCCACCAGCCACUCCAUGUCACCAAGGGCUAUGAGACAGUGUCUCCAGACCUGGACGAAAACCCCGGCCUGGAGCUGGGGCGAGACCACAGCUUCAUCGCGACCAUCGCCAGGUCGGCGGCACCAACCAUCUACCUUGAGAGAAUUGCAAACUAACGCUGAAGCCAACUCCUCACUGGGGAGCUCCAUGGGGGGAGGGAGGGCCUUCAUCUUAAAGGAGAAUGGGUGUCCACAAUCGUGCAAUCGAGCAAGCUCAUCGUUCCUGUUGAAACAUUUAUGGCAUAGAGAAAAGAAAAAGAAAAAACAAACAAAACUGCUUCAAGAAAGCAGCGAAUGCACCUGCAGCAUUACCGGGAGGACUGCAGAACUUUCUUUGCUUUAAAAUAUAAAACGAACAAACAAAAAUGCUCCCGGAUGUAAAUAAUAAGAGUGUCAAGUUCUUAUAAAAAUAGAUUUCACCCUAGCUACAUAUAGGUUUGUUUGUAUAUUUGAUUUUUCUACACUGCAUGGUUCCUGGGCUGGAGAACCACAGGGGAGUAAAUAAACAGGGGUGGGUGGGGAGCUAGGGAAACAACAGUUUUCCUCUUUAGGUGUGUGUAACUCUCACAGAUUUUAUUUAAAUUGCUUUCAUUUAUUUUUUCUUUAAAAAUGCUCUCUGUUCUUGUUUUGUUUAUUUUAUUAUUUUUUCUUUCCUGAUCAAGUUUCUAAUACAAAACAUGAGCAUUAAAGCUUAUGUUGUACCAAAAGAAAAUGUGCUUUACCACGGACCACAGAGAAAGUCGACCACAAAGACCACAAAGUUUGACAAAACUACUGGAAAACCCAAUAAGUCUGGGUGAAUGAUCCUUCAUGACAAAUGCCAUAUAUGGGACAUGAUAGAAGGAGUUUUGUUUUGUCCCAUUGGCAGCCCUCACCGUGUAGGAUGUCUGAGAGAGCCAUGAAGAUCGCUGAAUGAGAAGACAAGCAGAAUUAUUCUCACAUGGACUAAGGUUAUAAGAGAGCCAUGACCAUGGGCUCGAUGAAUGGAACUGCCAAGCUGAUGCAUUUCUAAACACAAGAUAAUGUGUAACAUUGCUUUUUAAAUUAAUUAUCAAUUAGCUUUUGUGUAGUUUUUAUCAAUAAAAGAAAAAAAUAUUGAAAAAUAAACAUAUUAUUUUGUGGUUGGUAUACCACAGCCCACCUAAUGCUGAGUGCUUUAUCUAUAUAUUGUGGAAUGCUUCUAAUCUAUAUCAGGGUACUUCAAUAAGAAUCAGUUGGUAUCUAUCAAGUGUUUUCUGUGCGUACCAUGGUCAGAUAGGAAGGCCCUAUGAAGUGUAGAAAAGGAAUAUAAGAUGUGGUUUAUGCCUGAUAUGGUUUGUCUGUGUCCCCACCUAAAUCUCAUCUUUAAUUGUAGUUCCCAUAAUCCCCACAUGUUGUGGGAGGGACCCAGUGGGAGGUAACUGAAUCAUGGGGGUGGUUACUCCUGUGCUGUUCUGGUCAUAGUAAGUUCUUACAAGGUCUGAUAGUUUUAUGAGGGGCUUCCCCCUUAGCUUGGUUCUCAUACUUCUCCUUGCUCCAGCCAUGUGAAGAAGGACGUGUUUGCUUCCCUUUCUGCCAUGAUUGUAAGUUUCCUGCGGCCUCCCCAGCCAUGCUGAACUGUGAGUCAAUUAAAAUUCUUUUCUUUAUAAAUUAAACAGUCUUAGGUAUGCCUUUAUUAGCAGCAUGAGAAUGGACUAAUACAUGCCCCAAUACAUUUCACAAUAUUUUCAGAGACAUGUAACCUUACUCUAAUAAAAUUAUAUAACAAUAUGAGAAAAAGUAAGUAUCCAUGGAAGGGGUAUAGGUUGUCAGAUCUUAUAGAAGUGAAAGAACUAUGUGGAAAUUUGUUAGUAUCUAGGAGGAAGAUGGAUAGCAUCACCCAUUUUUUAACAAAGGAGAUCACUGCAUGCACAUCAGUUGAGACAUUUUAUCAUAAAUUAUUUCGUGUUAUAAUGCUACAUCUUAGCAAUUCUUUAACUGUGGACAUUCUCCUAAUGUGUCCACUUGUGUAAUUUGCUUAGUUUUAUUUUUAAAAAUAAAUUAUGCAACAAAAUUUACGUCACCCUUUAUUUGGACAAGUUUCAUAUUUUAAGGCCUGCUCACUUAUAGUGGCCCUGCUGAGUGUUCCAGAACCAAGUUAAUAGCUGCCAUACAUUUAAUUCCAAAUUCUGCUAAAUUAAUAAUAAAAGAGCCUUGUAAAUACCAUCACAUCACAGCAAACUAGCACAGAGUAUUACUGCACAUGUUUUGUUUUUUCUCCCUCAGAGAAGUUCUGUUCUACUACCACUUUAAAUAAGGCUUGAAGUUAUAUUCUAUCCCAAAUGAUACAAAUAGUAUGUCACAUUAAAGGAAAACUCAAUCGAGGGAAGUUUUUUUCAUGUUGGAACACAGGGCUAUUGCUGUUGAAUUCUGGUAUCUUUCCUCUUAAUAUUAUAUUUUGGGUUACAUGUGUUUUCUUAACCAUUCAAGUUGAAUCAAUUUAUCGUAAGUUUAAAAAUUAAAGAUAAUUCUUUGGCAUUAUGAUUUUGUUUUCGGAAACUAUUCAAUACAUUUGGAAUAUGUCUUCCCAAAUUACAAGGAUUUUUUUGGUGGGGGUCUUUCCAAAUUACAAGGAUUCUCUUAAUCCUUCUGAUCUUCUCUAUCUAUCCAGUGUCCCCCAUAUACCAUAUCCACCACACCACCCCUUCCAGAGUUGAUUUAUGAGAGGUCACAUAUGAAAAAUCUCGAUCAAAUUUGGCUGAUGUCAGCUUCAGUUUUAGUUCUGUUUCUUAUAACCAAAAAAGUCAUAAAUAGAUAAGAAUCUUCAUGUUAUUUAAAACUGCCAUAUUUUGCCAACAGUUGCCUCAAGGUUAAUAUGAAAUAAGUGAACUACUAGCAAAACAGAUAGCAUUAUAAAAAAUGUUGUGUCCUAUUUAUAUGAAAAUUUCAAAGAACUUAUUUAAAAUGUAAUUUACAUAUGCUAGAAAAAGUUUACACUGAGCUCCAGAAAUCUAUGAUUAAAACAAGCAAACAAACAAAAACUCAAACCAAAUUACUUUAGUAGGCUUGGAAAAGUCCUCAGCUGAAAAAUUCCGGUUUGAUAUUGUCUGAAGGGUCAAGCAAGUUUUCAGAUAAAACAGUGUGUGUGUGUGUGUGUGUGUGUGUGUGUGUGUGUAGUGGUAUUUCAACAAAAGGCUUAAGAAGAAAAUAGGAUUAUUCAUCACUUAAGCCCAAAAGUCAAUUAUUUUUCCCACAACCCUGGUGUAACCAAGGAGGAUGAAAAACUUCUGUUAGUCAACACUUAGGAUAAAUUAUCUUCUGGGCCUAUAAAUGAUAGGGAACAAACUUGUCUAUGGAGGUCACUUUCAUCCCUUUUUUUGUUAAUUUUUGUGCUUUGCUAUGCAAACUGAUUGCCCCAGAAUCCUUCUUCCUUAACAUGGAAGAGUGUAACUGUGAAUUGUGACCCUAGCUAAUACAAAGAUUUUUUCACUUUCUUCUAGAAGUCAGGAAUUAUGUUGAUUCUACUUAUUUUUUACGUUGAAGUGUUAAAGAGCCCUCUUAAAGAAAGUUAUGCUUUAUUUCAAGACUAUUCUAAUUAGUAAUUUGAUUUUACACUAUAGUGUUUAUUGAACUUCUGAAGGCUAUGCAGAUUGUAAUUUCAAAGUUGAGGAGUCUCAUGGAGUAUUUAUAGAGCAAGGGCAUUAAAACCAUGCCUAAAGGCAAUUGUGAAUGUGACAGAAUACAGAUUGGAACAAUCAGUUAUCCAAACAUUCUGAUAAACUUUUUUUCAUAAAUAUUCUUUGUAAUGCUGAGUUUGCUUUACUGAUUCUAAAAUGAAAUAAAGAAAUAGCUUAGAACGAGGCCUGAUCGGUAUAUGUUUAGGUGUAACUGCGGUUUAACUUCAAAUCUUAUUGUACCUCUACUCACAGAUUGGCGGACCUAACCCCAGCAUGACUGAUUCAGGUCUGAUAUGGGGUCUGAGAAUGUCUUUCUAAGUCCCCAGGUGAUGCUGAGGCUGCUGUGUGUGGACUACACUUUAAGAACCACUGCCAUAGAGUGUAGAUACUUCUAUCUGUUUAGGUUGAUGACUCUGUAUGAAGACUCAAAAUUUACAUUUAAUGUUCGCUUAAAAUUUAAUGUUCAAUUAAUCUUUAAAAUAAGAAUGAGUUUAAAACAGGUAGUAGUUUUAUAUGUCCACGCAAUAUGAAAGACUCGUACCUUUACAUAAAGAGCAUUUUCUAAAACAUGCUGUGUAACACUAACAGACUAUGCUCUCUGUAAAAGCAAAGUAGUGAAAAAUAAACAUCAGCAGCAGUAACAACAACAAAAGAGGUUUAUACGAUCAAAUUAAAUUCAGAAAAUAUUGCAUAUGAUAUGCUCCCUUUGGAAACUCACAAGGCAAUUUAACAUUUAAACAAUAUCAGAUAUACUGCAGUCAAGAAACCCAUUUAACUUUGUUUAACCUGGAGUUUUCUAAACAUAUUAAACUACAAUAUCCUUCCUUAAUUUAAUAUCUAAAAAAAAUCCUGCAGAACUAACUUUCUGCAGAACUCAUUUGGGAAAUGUUAAUUUAAGGAAUGUUCUUUCUUUGGCCAUCAAGAAAAGCAUGUACCUUUGCAGAUAACUAUUUCUACAUUUACAAAUGAUACAAUGUACACCUAUUUCUGAGAUGCAUGUGGAUUUUUUAAAUCAAAGACAAUAUAUUUUAAUCUCUCUAACAAUAAAGUAAAUGUCAAAUACACCUGAAUUAAAUGAAAAUGAAUAAUUAAAAUGAUGAAAAUUUGAUAUCGUGAAUGAGAAGUAGAUCUCUCCAUAGACAACAUUCUUGUUCCAAUGGAGAUUAGACUCAUUGUUUCUAAAGUGUAAGGCAUUUUAAAAUCAAAACAAAUCACCAAAAAGUGCAUGAAAAUGUGGAGGGCCUUUAUUUUCUGAGUUAACAAGUUCCUGGUAAGUCACUGGGCUUGUGUGAUGUCAAUCAUUCAUCUGCUUUCUGGGCCAGAGGUGCCCCUCAGACAGGUAAUAGUAAUGCUUGCCGGAAGGGAAGAAAGAAAGACCAGCACAAACGUUGGCUAAUCCUGUCAUAGUUAUUUCCCUAUAGAAACCAGGAAAUUGAUUAUAGUGUUAGAAUAAAUUUUAGACUUACUUUAUUCAUUAUUGUUUCCUUUUCAAAAUGACAUAAGAAUAAAAAUGAGGUUAGACAUGAGCUCAGACUUUGUACUAGUUAAGAAAACUGUUCUACUGAAAAUAAUGGAAGAACUAUGUCAUAACAAAUCCUUGGAAUCAAAACAUCCAAAUUCUUGAGUUUGGCUAUAACCCUUCUGGGUGAUAUUCACUUGUUUUUAGUUAAAGGAGGAAAUACAACUGAGGAUAACUGAUGUGAGGAUUAAUUAGGUAGUUAUAUUAGUCUACUCUGACUUUCAUAACAAAAUGCCAUAAUCUUAAACAAUAGAAAUAUAUUUAGAAAUAUAUUUUCUUUAUAGUUUGGAGGCUGUAAAGUUCAAGAUCAAGCUCCCAGGAGGUUUUGGCUUUCUACCUUGUUUGCAGACAGCUCCCCUUUCUCUGUGUCCUUAUAAGGUAGAGAGAGAGUGCAAUCUCUUUGGUAUCUCCACUUAUAAGGAAAUUAAUCCUAUCAAAUCAAUUCUUCACUCUUAUGACUUCAUUUAACUGUAACUGCCCCCUUCUAGACCCUAUCUCCAAACACAGUCACUUUGGAAGUGAGGACCUUUAACAUAUGAGUUUUAGGGAGACACAAUUCUGUCUAUAGCAGCCAAGAAUGCAUAAACACACACACAAACAAAUAGCUGCAAGAUAUCUAUGAGAGUGAGCCAACUGAUUUUAAGAAGAAAAAGUACAUAAUAAAAUUAGCCAGGUUACUCUAGCAAAUGAAUGCUUGAAGGAAAGAUUUGCUGGAAUUAUGGGUAGGUCUGAACUCCAAAUGAGUUUAUGAGGAAAGACUAUAUGGCUUGCUUUUCUGUUUUAGACACAUGGGGUAUUAAAAUAGUUCUUAGUAAGAUCAUAGAAGAUUUAAAUUAACUAAGUUUUCUACAGAAUGUCAAUGUUUUCAAGUAGAUCUAUUGCUUAGAAAAAGCAUUUCACAAGCUGGUUUUGCACUAGUCCCAAAACGUACUCUGCACAAGAAGGGGUCAAAGGUCAAGUCAAGCUAAGGGAAAAGCUUCAUAUUUUAUCCACCAGCUCAGGUAGUCUCAGUACUCAUUAAUAUAUUCAAAGCUUUGUGAAUUUCUGUAGUAAAGAAGCUAUUUUAAUUCAGCAUUUCCCAAUUUUAUUUGAUUGUGUCAUAUUCUUCAUUUAAAUGAAUGCUAUUGGGAACCUGUGGAGUUAGUUUUCCCCAAAAUACAUUUAGGAACACAUUGUGUGUCUGAUGAAGGGCCACCUAAGAAAGAGAAAUGGUAUCUUUUAGUGUCCGUGUAAAGUUCUAACAUUUACCAAUGCAAGUUUCUGGAAGCGUUCAGAGCUUGUGACCAGAGUAAGCAACACACAGAACACCAAUUCCUAUAUGAGCAGAGGAUCAGAAUUAUCAGUAUUUUAUAAUGGUUUGACUAAGAUUGGGACACAGUGUUUGUUAGCACUGUGAAAUUUACCCGGAGUUGGUUGAGUAGUAGGAUAUUAAGAUGUUGGAAGUCAUAACAGAAUUGAUGAAUAAACUGGAAAAUUUUAGACAAAAUAAGAGAUUCAGUUAGGGCAAAACAUUUCUGUCUUCAAAGAUUGAGGUGACUAAAACAUAGAUAGUGAGAGUAUGCUUUUUCUCUUUUCCAAAUGCAAAAAAAAAAAAAAAAAAAAAAA